AAAAGAGUCAAGGUUCCCUACCCCUGCCCUAGCGGCUCCUCUCAACAAGAGUUCCUUUUCAGUCCUGGGCCCCAAAUCCCUGGCAUGGGACCAGAAAUGAGGGGCGUAUGACCGAGUCAUGACCAGGCCCAGUCUGUAAGGGAAGCCUCCAGCCCAUUUUCAAAGGCAGAUUCCACUUGCAAUGAGCUACAAUUCCCAGCUGCACAGCUGCAGCGACCCUCCUAUCCAAGGUGAUCCCAGGGCACCAGCUCCAAGGGCUGGUUUGGGCCUCUAAGGGUCCCCCCCUCCACACCAAGGACGCAGCAGCAGCAGCAGCUGGGAGUGCCCUUCCCCCUCCCCCAAGAGGCAAUGUCUGGAAGGGAAACUUCUCUGCUGCAGUUCCAGCAGUGGGGGCCAUCAGGCUCACCCCAAGGAGGUGGCCUUGCAAAGGCCUGUUGGGGGCAGGGGGGGCCACUCUUUAUUGCUGGGAUAUUAUAACCAACAGUAAGGAGAAGAGUGAUGGUUCCACUUCAUUUGUUCUGGCAUGCUAUUGGUUGGUGUUUGUUGCCUUCUUUCGGUGGAGAUUGUUGCGCUGUCAGCUGUCAACUGGUUUAGAUCAGAUGGGGGAUGUUUAUUGUUCAUAAAUGUUGUGACCCAGAUUUUUUCUGGUAAGCUGCCACGAGUCUGAACGAGUGGGAGGGUGAUAACCAACCAAUGACAAAGUUGAGUCCUGCCCAAGCUACCAGAGCCCUCCGCACCAGAGCAGCCAGGAUCCCACUUGAGUCUGGGGGCCGCCCUCCGGUGCCUCGGAUCCCUCUCACUCGGCGCCUUCACCUCGGUGGUCAACUCGGAGGGCAUGAAAAGAGCCUCCCGGAAGCCCUUGGAAGGAAGCCGUCGCCAGGCAAAGGUCCGCAGCUGCUGCUCCUGCCCCGGUUCCGAGACCACCCUUCGGCCCUGGAGACUCCAGGAGGUCCGAAGCUCCUCCUUUCCCUCCCCUUCCAUCUCCUGCCAGGACAGGGCCGAGGCGGUUCGGCCUCCCAAGCCAGACCAGAAGGGGUUUCCCCAAGAGCCUCUUGUCCCGGCUCUAUAAUUGGCCGGAUCGCCCGGCCAGGGCAGCCUUCUGCUUCCCGAAGGAGCGCGUCAGGAACCGCAGCGCGGGCGAAACGCCUUCCUUCCAGCCCGACUCGGCGCUCUGCACGUGCUCCGAGGCGCCUUCCUUCCGGGGCCCGCUAGCUCGCGCGCAGCCCACUCCGGCGGCCGCCCCUGGCCGGGGGAGGCGGGGCGCGUGACGCGCCCUCGAGCAGCCCGCCCUCUUCCGACGGAUCCGGAGUGGCUCUGCUUGGCAGUCGCCCGCCGCCGCCCGCCGUGCCUGGUCGCGCCCAGCCCAGUUUCCGGAUGGACCCACCAGUGAAGUCGGGGCCACUCCUGCUCCAGCAGCCGCCGGGGUUGCUCCUGGGGGCCAAGCGGUGGAAGAAAAGCUGGUUUGUGCUGUACCCAGCAAGUCCUCACGGAGUUGCCCGUUUGGAGUUCUUUGACUGCAAGGAGGGGGCUGCUCCAGCUGACCGGAUCAACACCAAGAGGCUGGACAAGAAGAUUGUGCGGCUGGCAGACUGUGUGAGUGUGGCUCCUGCCCUGGACUGCACCCCCAAGGAUGGCAUGGCUGCCUUCUGCCUGGAGACCAGCAGCCGCACGUAUGUCUUCGCUGCCGAGCCACAGGAGGCGUCUGACUGGGUGGCAAAGCUCUGCGAGGCAGCCUUUCUGACUAACCCUGGGAAAACGACCUCGUCUGCUACGGAGACCGCUGGAGAACGGGACCUGGAAAUGGCCACAAACUCCAUUUACUGCUCCAGAGAAGAAGUGAAUGAGUUCUGGGUCACCGUACAGAAGACCGAAGCUGCCGAGCGCUGCAAGCUGCAAGGGGUGUACAUGCUGAAGGCCUCUUGGAACGAGCUCGUCCUGAGGGAGGCCCACUCCAGCCUGCCCCUCUACACAUGGCCUUAUCGCCUCCUUCGCAGAUAUGGCAGGGACAAGGUGAUGUUCUCCUUCGAAGCUGGCCGGCGCUGUGAAUCCGGUCCCGGCAACUUCACCUUUGAGACCAAGCAGGGCAACGAGAUCUUCCAUGUGGUGGAGGCUGCCAUUCAGGCUCAGAAGGCCCAGGCGGAAGAGCAUCGGCAGAGCAACAGCUCCCUUGAGAUGGAGGCCCCUGGCAUCUCCUACCUCCAGAGUGCCGUGGCCAACUCCCUCAGCCUGGAGGGGGAGGGCGCUGCUGCCUCGGAGAGACGGGCACCCAGGAGCGCCCUGACAGCCAGGCCCAGCGUCGCCGGGGAGGAGAAGGAAGCCGCCGUGCCCAAAGGGCAGAACCAGUGGCCUCUCCCCUCCCUGCGGCCUCCCCCCUCUGGGAUGCCUGGCUCUUUGGAGGACACCACCAACGUCUACUCUGAGCCUCUGGAUGCGGUGAAGGGCUCGAGGCUCCGGCCGGACUCCCUCUACGCUGACCCCAUUGACAGCCAGCGUGAGGAAGAAGGGCUGGGCCGGGGCUCCAGCCUGGUGGAGGAGCAGCCCAGGCCAUGGACUGGUGGGGGCCAUGGGCUCCCGAGCGGCAAGCAGCACAUCUACGAUGAACCUGAGGGAAGGGCCCCGUGGCCCACCCCCACUUCAGCCGCCAUCUAUGACGAGGCACGCCUCCCCUGCGAGGCCUGGCGGACUCAGGGCUUGGAGGGCCAAGCUGGCUAUGAGUUGCUGUACCUUCCCGGAACCGGUGAUUAUGCUGUCCCUGUCUUCCACCAAAAGGCCGGGCUGAAACCCCCCAGGCCGAGCCCCGCCCCCAAGCCUCCCCGGGCGCACAAGAAGUCCGCUCAGCCAGAGGCCAGCAAGCCCAGAGCGGCUCCCACACCGGGCCCGGAGGGGCUCCGUAACAGCAACAACAGCAACAACAGCAGAGACCUCCUCUACAGCCGCGUGCUCAAGCCUUCUUCAGCUCCCGGCCCCCUGGGACCCGAGCAGUCCGUGGAUGAGAACCGGCCAGCCGCUGUGUACGAAGACCUGGGGGAGAUCUGAGAAGUGACGCUGGGCUGGAGCAGUCUUUCCAAGGGCACCUUCUUCUUCAGGCUGCCUUCUGGGGGGGGGGGAGACGCUUACACACUCUUGUAAGAGGCGGGCUGAGCCCCCAAAGUGACAGCAAAAGCUGCCUCUUCCGAGGGACCCAGCCUAGCCUGAGGCUACACAGGCCAAGCCAGGAAGCCGCUAUACGGGAACGGCCCCAAAGGUAGGAGGGAACUCCUGGGGAGCCCACCGGGACGUCACUUCUUUGGGACUGCAGCCUUCAGCAGCCGAGACCAGAAAGCCUCCCUGGCACAUUCCAAGCCAUUUAGGAGGUUGCUGCUUCCUUUGAUCGCUGCAGAGAACCGGGGAGGGCCUCUGCUGGGCCU